AUCAGAGAGGAUGAGAAGAAAGCCUGGAAUCGGAGGCUUACAAAAUGCUGCUGCUGCGAGGAAUCAAUUUCGCCUGGUGGGUGAAAAUGUGGCCAAGAUUAAAACCGAUAUGAUGAAGGGGCAGCUUGCAACAUUCCGAUCCCAGCUUGAGGAGUUUGCUCGCAAGCAUAAGAGUGACAUCCGCAAGAACCCUGCGUUCAGAUCACAAUUUCAUGAGAUGUGUGCUAAAGUUGGAGUAGAUCCCUUAGCUUCAAAUAAAGGUUUCUGGGCAGAGCUACUGGGAAUUGGCGACUUCUAUUAUGAACUUGGAGUUCAAAUAGUGGAUAUCUGCCUGGCCACUAGAGCCCACAAUGGAGGACUGAUCAACCUGCAAGAACUCUGUCGUUUACUUUGUCAGCGACGAAAAAGUGAUCGUGGAUCUGUUUCUGAGGAUGAUUGUCUGCGUGCUAUCAGUAAGCUGAAGGUCUUAUAUUUCAGUGUGGGUAGUGGUUUUGAAGUUAUUUCUGUUGGGAAGAAAAAACUUGUUCGUUCAGUUCCCACUGAGCUAAACAAAGACCACAAUGAAAUUCUAGAACUUGCUCAGGCUCAAGGUUUUGUGACUGUUGAGGAAGUGGGGAGACGGCUAUCUUGGACUCCAGGUCGCACUAUCGAUGCCCUUGAGACCUUACUUAAAGAAGGACUUGCAAUGAUUGAUGAUGGUCAUAGAGACGGUAAACGCAGGUACUGGUUUCCCUGUGUAUCACCCAUUUCUUCUCUAAUGACCGCUGAUUCCUAACAUUAGGCUCAUCAGAAGAGCAUCUGUUGAAGAUUAUUAAGGACCUGGAAUCGCAUUGUGCACUUAGUUUGUUACUCCUGUUUUCUCCUUUUUCUUUGUCCUGAAAUGUGUGAUUUGUUUUCUGCAAAUCUGCUGAUAUAUGUAAAUAGUAUACUGGGGUCUCAAAAAGUAUAUGU